AUGGCCGUCUCCUUACCGAGUAUUCAUGAGAUGUUCCCAGCGCACCUCAUGGGCAGGGACCACCUGAACGGAGAGCACGCGAGAGGACACCGCUCCGUGAGUCCGAUAUCGUUCUUUGCUAUGAGCCCGAUUGACCUUCAGCGCUGCGUAGGUACAUGGUGCUUCGACGUGUACGAUACCGGGCUGCCGUUGUUCGUCUGCCUCGACUUCAACUUCCUCCUCGUCGACUGCAGCACCGUCCAUAAUGGCGCCAUCACACCGCCGAGCGCCAUAUCCUCACCCACAGAUGCAUCGCUGCCCACCGGUUCCCGACAAAUGCAUCGUCCUCAGAGCCCGUUUCUGAUUCGAUUUCUGGCGGCAGGCACCGCACAGGUGCAGGCUCCGGACUGCAGUCGCAUCACGCCAUUUCCGCUAACGCCCAAACGCAUAUUCCGGGCGCCACGUCGGAGCGGACAGUACCCCCACCCUCAGCCACGCCCACAUAUAUACCAACAUCCGAACCCCAGAGACGAGCGCGAACGCGAGCGGCGGAUGUCGCACUCGUAUCCACAUCCAGCGCCUCCUGGACACUACCCACCACCACCACCACCACAGCAGCAACACCAACACCAACACCAACACCAACACCAAUACCAACGAAUGGAAAUGGACAUGAGCGACGGCGACGGCGAGGAAGACGCCUCUGAAGGCUCAUUUAGCGGCUCGCCCAUCCCUUCCCAUACGCAUAUAUCGACUCAAAUGCCGAUGUACCCCGGCAUUAUCGGAACCAUACCUCUGCCUCUUCCUCCUCUUCCUCUGCGUCGUCGUCGUCGUCUUCUCCUUCGUCAGCCAACCCUCCUUCCUCCAACCCCCCCUCCACUACCUCAAAUAUCACACACACCCGCCAACUACCAGGCCCAAUAA